AUGAGUUCGCAUACUACACCAGAAAAGGUCACUACAGAGCAUGUUCUGUGGUACAUCCCCAACCAGAUCGGCUAUGUCCGCAUUAUCACUGCAGCCCUUGCUUUUUUCGUCAUGAAGAACCACCCAAUGAUGUUUACAUGGCUGUACACUACGUCGUGUAUGCUGGACGCACUAGACGGCACUAUGGCCAGAAAGUACAACCAGGUGUCCAGUCUGGGGGCCGUGUUGGACAUGGUCACAGACAGAUCAAGCACUGCUGGUCUGAUGUGUUUCCUAUGUGUGCAAUACCCUCAAUGGUGUGUUUUUUUCCAAUUGAUGUUGGGCUUGGACAUCACCAGUCAUUACAUGCACAUGUACGCCAGUUUAAGUGCUGGUAAGGCUUCCCACAAAAGCGUUGGCGAGGGCGAGUCCAAACUGCUACAUCUAUACUACACCAGAAGAGACGUAUUGUUCACUGUUUGUUUCUUCAACGAACUAUUCUACGCAGGGUUGUACAUGCACAUCUUCCCUCAAUACGCCAACUUUGGGAAAUGGACCUCUCUAAUAAGUUUCCCCGGCUAUGUUUUCAAGCAGAUCGCAAAUGUUGUGCAAUUGAAAAGGGCCGCUUUGAUUCUAGCCGACAACGAUGCCAAGAAUGCCAAUGAGAAGAACAAGACUUACUGA